CGGGGGGUGGGGAGGCUCUUUCGGGCGGCCGUCGGAAGAGCGAGGCGGGUCGGGUCCCCCUCUCGAGCCCUGCUCCGUCAGUCUUCAGCGCGGGGCUUCCUUCCUUCCUUCCUUCCUUCCUUUCUGCGGCGGGGCUGGGAGGGGCCGCCAGCCGUGGGCACCAUGAACCUGGAGCGCGUCUCCAACGAAGAGAAGCUGAACCUCUGCCGGAAAUACUACCUGGGUGGCUUUGCUCUGCUCCCUUUCCUGUGGCUGGUCAACGUCAUCUGGUUUUUCCGAGAGGCCUUUUUUGCACCAGCAUACACUGAGCAGCUUCAGAUCAAACGCUAUGUCCAGCGGUCAGCCUUAGGUCUCCUUUUCUGGGUGAUUGUGCUCACAACGUGGACCUGUAUCUUCCAGGCACGCCGGGCCGAGUGGGGAGAACUCGGCGACUAUCUUUCCUUCACCAUUCCGUUGGGCAUCCCCUGAUACACCUUCUUCCUUAAGGUCCUCAAGAUGGACGUUUGCAUUUUACUGUCGGACUCCUUGAAUAGCCUCCCUGGCUAAUUUUUUCCUAAUAUCUCCUUUUCAUGGGAUCCAGGUUGGGAUUCUACUGUGGUAAACUAUGGCGGGGGCCACCUCUUCUCUAUGGUCCUCUGGAUCAUCAUCUCCGGCUCUCCAUGACUACAAGAGAUGAUCAAUAAAGAUAGGAUGAUCUCUU